AUGUUGAAAUUUAUGGGCUUAGCAUGUUGGCUUCUAACAUUAACGAUCCUCUUUAAUGAGGAUUCAGUUGAAGGAAGAAUGAUUAUGAAUGAUGUGAACGACAAUGCAAUAGUUAAAACCAUUACGGUUGGAGCUGAUGAGAUUAUUGAUUGUUAUGAUAUUUAUAGACAACCUAGUCUUAAUCAUACCUUACUUCGUAAUCAUAUAAUACAGAUGACACCAAGUUCAUAUCCAAAAGGAAUGAAAUUAGAUAAUAUUGGGACACUUCAACUUACACAAACUUGGCAAAAGUAUGGAUCAUGUCCCGAUGGAACAACCCCUAUUCGAAGGAAAGGAAAAUAUUACAAACACACACCUUUAUAUAAACAUAAUCCUUCAAAAUUAUCACCGUACAAAAUUCAUGAUAUAUCACAGAAAGACACUUCAGGGGAUCAUGAGUAUGCGGCUAUUAAGGUGGCAGGAAAUUUUCAAGGAGUGCAAGCAAAAAUAAAUCUUUGGAAACCGGUAAUUGAAAUGAGAAGCGAAUUAAGUGUAUCCCAAAUUUGGGUUGCAGCCGGUGAACUCAGUGAUACCAAUACCAUUGAACUCGGAUGGAUAGUGAACCCAAUAUUGUACGGUGACGACCAUACCAGAUUUUUCAUAUACUGGACGGCGGCUGGAUACAAUAACUCAGGUUGCUACAACAACGAUUGUGAUGGAUUUGUCCUCACAACCUCAAAUAUAUGCCUUGGUGGUGACUUCUCUGAGGUUUCUACGUUUAAUGGUACCCAAAAAGAUGCUACCUUCGGUGUUCACAAGGACCAAAAAACCGGAAACUGGUGGGUACGAUUACAAGGUAUUGAUGUCGGUUAUUAUCCUAGUUCUCUCUUUAACAAAUUAUCAAAUACGGCAGAUAGGAUCAAUUUUGGUGGAGAAAUCCUUAAUACCAAAAGUAAUGGACGGCAUACUUCGACUCAAAUGGGUAGCGGUCAUUUUCCUUCUGAAGGUGGUUUGAAAACAUCGAGUUAUUUUAAUGACAUUCAAGUAGUUGACGAAAAUAAUGUGGCGAAAGAUCCUAAAGAUUAUGAGAUACACAUUACGAAUGCAGACUGUUACGAUCUGAGAAUCCACAACAAUCAUGAUACAAAUGGUUUCGGUUUUAAUUAUGGAGGUCCUGGAUAUAAUGCUAAAUGUCCAUGA